CACAGUGCCUCUCAGCAGCACACAGCAGACAGACAGAGAGCGACAUCAGAGCCAGUGCUCACAUCGCAACAGACCCUCAGCAGACACAAAGAUGAAGAUGCCACAGCUCCUCAUCCUCCUCCUGACUUUGGUGCACAUGGCAGCCAGUUUCCCCACCAAUGGAAGAGCUCUGCCGGGCCAGGGCAAACACGCCUCCUGGGACGACGUGAACGUGGUGGCUCACGGCCUCCUGCAGCUGGGCCAGGGGCUGAAGGAGCACGUGGACAAGACCAAAGCCCAGAUGAGAGACGUCAGCACCAAGCUCAAGGCCUUCAACAGCACCGUGGCCGAACUGGAGAGGAGGCAGCGGGAGCGGGACGAAGCUCUGAAGGCCGGGGGCGCAGGGGGGGAGGAGAGGGAGAAGAUGGCCGCAGAGCUGGCCGAAGAGGUGAGGGCGAAGGUGGAGGAGGUGAAGAAGCAGAACGAGAACAUCAGCUCCAGGAUGGACAAACUGGAGGAGAAGGUGGAUGAAGUGCUGACAGUGCCACAACUGGACAGCAACUACAGCGAUCCCUCAGGAGUCCCAUUGAUCCAGAGGCUGAUGGCAGCUCAGAACAGACGGAUUGAUGAGCUGGUGGAGAAAAUCAAGCAGCAACAAAGCAAACUGGAGAAGCAGAGUGUGCACCUGCAAGCACUGCAGAGCAAGGUCGCACAUAAAAGAGUGAAAUCACACAGACGCAGAGAUGAAGAGACGGCACUGAGAGGAGAGGUGGAGCAGAGCAAAGACACGUCAGGUUUGGCCAGAGACUGUCAGGAUCUGUUUGUACGAGGGCAGCGAGCCAGCGGUGUCUACACCAUACAACCAGAGAACUCCCAGCCCUUCAGCGUCCUCUGUGAAAUGACCUCAGAAGGCGGAUGGACCGUCAUCCAGAAACGUCAAGAUGGAUCCCAGAAAUUCAAUCAGCCGUGGGAGAGCUACAAGAGAGGCUUCGGCAGCCUGAAUGGAGAGUUUUGGCUGGGCUUGGAGAACAUCCACUCCCUCUCCAGACAAGGCCAGUAUGUCCUGCAGGUGGAGCUCUCUGAUCAGGCUGGAGAGCAGCAGGCGGCUCGUUACCGAUUCCAACUUGACGGAGAGGAGAAGAAGUUUGCUCUCCACCUGGAGCAGGAGACUUCAUCUGGGGCUCAGGAGGAAAUCAUGACCACCGAGUCUCCUGGUCUCCCCUUCUCCACGGCCGACAGAGACAACGACCUCGCUGCAGAUGUCAACUGCGCCGAGCUUCUCUCAGGUGGUUGGUGGUUCAGCAGCUGCGGUGAAUCAAACCUCAAUGGCAGAUAUCCCAGGAGGCCGAGUCUGCUCAGGAGACAGCAGUCCAGAAGACAAGCAAUGUUCUGGACGACCACAAAGGGACAAAACAACUCUCUGCAGACCACUCUCCUGAAGAUCGCACCCGCCACAAUAAAACAAUAAGAUGCUCAGUUUAAACCGAAAAAGACCAAAGAAGACAAUUUAAAUGUUGAACUACUAAAGGACUUAAAUUAUCUCACUCUCAUAGGCACAUUAAUGAUCUCUCCUGAUGCACUAGAUCAUCACAUAUUUCUAUGCUAUGCCAUAAGAAAACUAUUGUCUCAGUGGACGUGUUCAGUCAUAUUGACUGCUGUAACUAUUCCCUUUAUAAGGGUUUUGUGUCUUAAUCUUUUUUGUAUUAACACUUGCUGUAUGUGUUUUUAUUACUUUGUACUUAAACACUGUACAGUUUCUUACUGUUGACUUACACUUUAAAUAUUUUAUAUUUCAUAUGUAUAAAGAGGAUAAAAAUAAAGUUUUUAAAUGUUAAAUAAA